AUGUCGGAACAGAUCGACAUCAACAAUCAGGUGUAUAAACUCGCCGCUAUGCCCUUCAUCUUAGAACGCAAAGGCGACUAUGAUGAAGCUAUCGCAAUCUACAAGAGCGCAGUCAAAAUCUUGGAUGAAGCAACCAAGACAUUUAAAAAAGGAAAUGUCCGCAAAAUCAACAGAAAGAUGUUCGAGAGACAGGUCCAAGUCCAUCGUGAACGACUAGCCUACCUCGAAGACCUAAAACGCAGAGGCAGUUUUGAAGGCAUAAUCUUGCCGCCCACAAUUCUAGAUGCUAUGGAGGAGUUAGAGGCGGAGGAUAGUGGAAAUAUGUGCUUGAGCCAGAUCCGCAAAGGUCUGCACGAGUUGCAACAGAAUAACGCCAACCAGAGCCUGGAGGAUAUCAGCACAGCUCCUGUUCAUCUGCAGCCAUUCCUCAACAAAGACGCGUCCCAGCGUCCUUUCUUCUCGCUCACUCUUCCUCCCUCGGCGCCCACGGUUACUUAUCGAAUCACACAGUCCUCGGAGCUUUUUGCCCUGGGUAUGCGCUCAUAUUGGUUCUUCGUGAAAGACGCAACCAACACACAUGUUAUGUACGCCCUUCAAUGCGUCUGGAGCAACGAGGCACCUAUCGUCGAUACAGUGCUCCGCCGCGCAGGGGAGUUCCUACCCCGGAUUGGCUCGACAAGCGUGAGACUCCAGAAGAUGAAAGGAGGUAGCUUCCGGAUGAUUACGCGGACGAUCCCGGAUAUGGGUGCGAUAACGGAGAUCCCAGAUGGGGAGCUACGGCGGAGGGAUUGGUCCCCGCGACGAUUCGAGUACGGGGGACGCAACUUUGUGUGGAAGAAUGCUGCGGCGGAGGGUAAGAAGGGUGAUGGUGGUAUGUUUGGGAAGUGGGGGUUUGCUUGGGAGGCUUUGUAUGAGACUAAGCGUGUGUGGGCUAAGGAGGGGAGUCGGACGGGCAAGAUGGAAGACGAGACGGUUGGUCCUAGGUUGUGCUGGGGGAGAAGAAAGGAGGGAAUGGAGCUGAUCACAGUAUCCAUAUGCUUCCCUCCGCAAAAGGAUUCGGGGGGUAUUGAGGCAGCAGCUACUGGUCUGGGAUUGCUCUCGAUUGCUACGGCAAUGGCUUGA